AUGGCCGCCGCUCCGUCCCCGACCCUGACGCCGUCACCCCGGCCCGGCGCACCAAUGCCCUCAGAUCUAGCUUUUCCCCAGGACACGCACCCGCGUCUGUCCGUCGCGACGCCAAUGCGGCUCAUGCUGGGAACAAUCUCGUCAGCAGUCGUGGGCUUCUCGCUUGGUGCGACGCAGGGCGGACAGAUGGCGCAGCUGCGGUUCCGGGCGGAGCAUGCGCACAAGAUGCCCGACACGACGACAGGGUGGUACUUUUACCACAAGAGCAAGAAUUACCACGCCAUGCAGGGCGGCAUACGAGAGGGCUUCCGCAUGGGUCUCAAGACGGGUUUCUGGAGCUUCCUGGCCUUGUCGCUUGAGAGCACGGUCGAUAGAUAUCGCGGGGCGAGCGACAUGUUUUCUACGACGAUAGCUACGCUUACAGUCGCUGGCGCGUUUUCUCUUUGGCGUGGCAGAAGAGAUGAGCUAACAAGCGCCGAUAUUCGGCGUGUGCAUCUAGAUCGCCUGUCACUCACAACGGCCGCCCGGACCGCGCGAUACGGGUUGUUGUUUGGGCUUGCGUACGGUGGGAUUCAAGAUGUGCUUGGCUUAGCCCGAGGCAGACCGAUCGGAUAUAUCAAGACUUGGUAA